GGCGCUGCGCAAGGAGCAGGGGGUGCAGCGCCUGGAGGCCAUGCUCUACGCCCUGGACCGGGUGAACGGCGACCCGCGCCUGCUGCCCAACGUCACGCUGGGCGCCCGCAUCCUCGACACCUGCUCCCGCGACACCUACGCCCUGGAGCAGGCCCUCUCCUUCGGCGGCGCCCGCCUGCGCGGCCGCGCCGAGGACGAGGGGCGCUGCGCCGACGGGCGGCCCCCCCGCCGGCCCCCCCCCGAGCGCCUCGUCGGCGUCAUCGGCGCCUCCGCCAGCUCCGUCUCCAUCAUGGUGGCCAACGUGCUGCGGCUCUUUGCGAUCCCGCAGAUCAGCUACGCGUCGACGGCGCCGGAGCUGAGCGACGGGGGCCGCUACGAGUUCUUCUCGCGCGUGGUGCCGCCGGACUCGUACCAGGCGCAGGCCAUGGUGGACGUGGUGCGGGCCCUGGGCUGGAGCUACGUCUCCACGCUGGCCUCCGAGGGCAGCUACGGCGAGAGCGGCGUCGACGCCUUCGUGCAGAGCUCCCGCGAGGCCGGGGGCCUGUGCGUGGCGCAGUCGGUGAAGCUGCCGCGGGAGCCGCGCCGGGGCGAGUACGGGAAGGCGCUGGGGCGGCUGCUGGAGACGCCGGCCGCCCGCGCCGUGGUGCUCUUCGCCAACGAGGACGACAUCCGGGGGAUGCUGGCGGCGGCGGCUCGCGCCAACCUCUCGGGCCACUUCGCCUGGGUGGGCUCCGACAGCUGGGGGGCCAAGAUGGCGCCCGUGCAGGGCCUGGAGGAGGCGGCCUGGGGCGCCGUCACCAUCCUGCCCACCCGCGCCUCCGUCCCCGGCUUCGACGAGUACUUCACGUCGCGCUCGCUGGAGAACAACCGCCGCAACCGCUGGUUCCACGAGUUCUGGGAGGAGGACUUCAACUGCCGCCUGCCCCACGGCGCGCCCCACGGCGCGCCCCACGCCGACGGCCCGCCCCCCCGCAAGUGCACAGGCCGGGAGCGCAUCGGGCGCGACUCGCCCUACGAGCAGGAGGGCAAGGUGCAGUUCGUCAUCGACGCCGUGUUCGCCAUGGCGCGGGGGCUGCACAGCCUGCUGGGAGAGCAGUGCCCCGGCGGGGGGGGGCUCUGCCCCCGCGCCGACCCCCCCGACGGCCGCCGCCUCCUCGCCCACAUCCGCCGCCUCGCCUUCAACGGGAGCGCGGGGACGCCGGUGAGCUUCAACGAGAACGGCGACGCGCCGGGCCGCUACGACAUCUUCCAGUUCCAGGGCGUCAACGGCAGCGGCGGCGCCUACCGACCCGUGGGGCAGUGGGUGCAGGGCCUGCGCCUGCAGGUGGAGUCGAUGCGCUGGGGCCUGGGCCCCCCGGGCACCCCGCCGCCGUCCGCCUGCAGCCCGCCGUGCGGCCCGGGCGAGCGCAAGAAGCCGGUGGAAGGGGUGCCGUGCUGCUGGCACUGCGAGGCCUGCGGCGGCUACCGCUACCGCGCCGACGCCUUCACCUGCCGCCCCUGCGGCCCGGCGCUGCGACCCACGGCGGACCGCGCCGGCUGCCGCCCCACGCCGCUGCUCCGCCUGGCCUGGCGCUCGCCCUGGGCCGCCGCCCCGCUGGCCCUGGCCGCCGCCGGCCUGGCCGCCACCGCCUUCGUCCUGGCCACCUUCGCCCGCCACCACGACACGCCCAUCGUGCGGGCGUCGGGCCGCGAGCUCAGCUACGUGCUGCUGGCCGGCAUCGCCCUCGUCUACGCCAUCACCUUCCCCAUGGUGGCCCAGCCCGGCGUGGCCGUCUGCGCCCUGCGCCGCCUCUUCCUCGGCCUCGGCAUGAGCGUCACCUACGCCGCCCUGCUCACCAAGACCAACCGCAUCUACCGCAUCUUCGAGCAGGGCAAGCGCUCGGUGACACCCCCGCGCUUCAUCAGCCCCCGCUCGCAGCUGGCCAUCACCUUCGGCCUCAGCGGGGUGCAGCUGGCGGCGGCGGGGGCCUGGCUGGCCCUGCGGCCCCCCCACGCCGUGCUCGACUACGAGGCCGGCCGCACGGGCGACCCGGCGCGGGCCCGGGCCGUGCUGCGCUGCGACAUGGCCGAGGGGGCCACGCUGGGGGCCCUGGCCUACGCCCUGCUGCUCAUGCUCACCUGCACCGUCUACGCCGUCAAGGCCCGCGGCGUCCCCGAGGCCUUCAACGAGGCCAAGCCCAUCGGCUUCGCCAUGUACACCACCUGCGUCGUCUGGCUCGCCUUCGGGCCCAUCUUCUUCGGCGCCGCGCAGAGCGCCGAGCGGGUGUACAUCCAGACGGCGACGCUGACCAUCUCCAUGAGCCUCUCGGCCUCGGUGCCGCUGGGGCUGCUCUACGCGCCCAAGGUCUACGUCAUCCUGCGCCACCCCGAGCGCAACGCCCCCCGCCGCCCCCGCGGGCCCCCCACCCCCUAGCGACACCCCCCCGGAAA